AUGGGAGAUCUUCACGAUGGUUCCUAUGAUCGUCAGUCCCGUGGCAAAAAGCAGUACGUAUAUGUGCAGGAACGUCGGUCGCUAGACGACACUUAUUACUCGCCAUCUUCUCGGAGUGCGACUUCGCAAAGCGACGAGGUGAACUGCUUAUCAUGGCUGAAAUACGGAAUAUUUGCGACCAACAUAGUCCUUCUGGUGGUGGGUGGCCUGUUGUUGACUAUGGGGGUUUGGUUACGAACAGAUAGUAGAUUCAGAGACUUCAUCAGUGAAAGGUAUCGUCAAGCUGUGGGUGAAGCUUUUUGGGAAGCUCCAACAUUAUAUGCAUUCUCAUACAUAAUAAUCGUGCUAGGAUGCUGUAUGAUCGUUAUUUCGUUCGUUGGUGAGUAA